AUGCCUAGUCAGCGCUUCAGAUCCAUAGAAAUUCAAAAACUCACCAGACUCUAUAUCCUUUACAACGACGUGCCCGCCGUUCGUCAGCACGAUCAUCUCCCAAUGUCCCACCCUGUCCGCUUUAUCAUCCUCACCGCCUCAAAGUUCGGCUUCGGGUGCCCUGUUGGUUUCUUCAUCUGCCACGUUAGCAUCUACGCAUACGCCCUCCCCGCCCACCUCUGCUUUCCCAUCCCUCCCACCCGUGCUCAUUCAUCUGCCUCGGACUUCUUUGUUGUCAUCCUCCCCGUCCACCUCAACUUCUCCGCAUGCAUCGCAACCCCUAGACGUCCUCUAUGGGCGCUGGUGCCUUUGAAACCAUGA